AGCGUGUGCUACCAUUUCAUAUACGUUAACACGAGGUAGGCGUGCUUUGCGUUGGAAUGUACCAUUUUGCAAACACACCGGGAAGGAUUUUGUUGUGACAGCGGAGUUACAAGCCGGCGGGGGGAGACGGUCAUAACAUAGGUUUAUACAUCUUGGAUCAACAAUGGCAUUCAGCAAGGGAUAUCGCAUCUACCACAAACUGGACCCACCCCCCUACAGUGUCAUAGUGGAAACUAGGACCAGGGAAGAAUGCCUCAUGUUUGAGUCGGGGGCUGUUGCUGUUCUGUCGGCAGCAGAGAAGGAGGCCAUUAAAAACACAUACACCAAGAUUGUUGAUGCUUAUGGAAUCCUGGGUGUCCUCCGCCUAAACCUGGGUGACUCCAUGCUGCACAGUCUGGUGGUUGUGACAGGAUGCAGCUCUGUAGGGAAGGUGCAGGAUUCUGAGGUUUUCAGAGUCACACAGACAGAUUUUAUAUCACUGAAGAAUGAUCCAGGUGAUGAGGACCGGAUCGCUGAGGUGCGAAAGGUUCUGAACUCAGGACACUUCUACUUUGCCUGGUCUUCAACUGGAGUCAGUAUGGACUUGAGUCUCAACGCACAUCGCAGGACCCUAGAAGACACUACAGAUAACCGUUUCUUUUGGAACCAAUCUCUGCACCUGCACCUGAAACACUAUGGAGUAAACUGUGAUGACUGGCUGUUGAGGCUGAUGUGUGGGGGUGUGGAGAUAAGGACCAUCUAUGCAGGGCACAGACAGGCCAAGGCCUGCAUCUUCUCCCGCCUCAGCUCAGAGCGAGCCGGCACACGAUUCAACGUCCGAGGAACAAAUGAUGAUGGACAGGUGGCCAACUUUGUGGAGACCGAACAGGUUAUUUUCCUGGAUGACAAAGUCUCAUCCUUUAUACAGAUCCGUGGGUCCAUUCCUCUUUUCUGGGAACAGCCAGGAAUCCAGAAAAAGUCCAUUAAGGGUGUUUUGUUGCAACUGAAUGAGAAUCGGCAUCCUAAACAGCUGGAUGAGAACCCCCACCUGGUCGGCUCUCAUCGUGUCAAACUCUCAAGAGGAUUUGAAGCAAAUGCUCCAGCAUUUGAAAGACACUUCACUGCACUGCGGAGGUUGUACGGUAAACAGGUGAUCAUCAACCUGCUCGGGAGCAAGGAAGGGGAACACAUGCUCAGCAAAGCGUUUCAGAGUCACCUGAAGGCAUCAGAGCAUGCAGCAGCAGUGAAAAUGGUGAACUUUGAUUACCAUCAAAAUGUGAAGGGAGGCAAGACAGACAAACUUCACAGUGUCCUCAAACCCUACCUCAGCAAGUUCAUCGAGGAGUGUGGGUUCUUCUACUACUCUGGAGAGAUGGGCAUUGCAAGGACUCAGGGUGGAACUAUUAGGACCAACUGCCUGGACUGUCUGGAUAGAACCAACAGUGUCCAGGCAUUUUUUGCCCUUGAGAUGCUGCCAAAGCAGCUGGAGGAAAUGAGUCUGACGGAGAAACCCCAGCUGGUGGCCAGGUUCCAGGAGGUUUUUAGGACCAUGUGGUCUGCCAACGGAGACUCCAUCAGUAAGAUCUACGCCGGCACCGGUGCCCUGGAUGGCAAGGCCAAGGCGGGGAAGCUAAAAGAUGGAGCUCGUUCUGUGACAAGGACCAUCCAAAACAACUUCUUUGACAGCUCCAAGCAAGAGGCUAUAGACAUACUGAGGCUGGGCUCCACACUCAACAGUGAUUUGGCUGACAAAGCUCGGGCCUUGCUCACCACUUCCAGUCUUUACGCCUCCCCAAGAGUAUUGCUGGGAAUGUGUCAAAACUACCAGAAAUACACAAAGCCCAAGCAGAUUCGAGUGUGCGUCGGCACCUGGAAUGUCAACGGGGGUAAACAGUUUCGCAGCAUUGCUUUCCGCAACCAGACACUCAACGACUGGCUGUUGGAUGCUCCAAAGAAGGCAGGGCACCCUGAGUUCCAGGACAGCAAAGCCAACCCAAUCGAUAUCUUUGCCAUUGGUUUUGAGGAGAUGGUUGAGCUGAAUGCUGGCAAUAUCGUCAGUGCCAGCACUACUAACCAGAAACUUUGGGCAGCUGAGCUACAGAAAAACAUAUCACGGGACCACAAGUAUGUGCUGCUUGCUUCAGAGCAGCUGGUGGGAGUGUGUCUAUUUGUUUUCAUCCGCCCACAGCACGCCCCCUUCAUCAGGGAUGUUGCUGUUGAUACUGUAAAAACCGGAAUGGGCGGAGCUACAGGCAAUAAAGGGGGUGUGGCCAUCCGCCUGCUGUUCCACACUACCAGCAUCUGCUUCGUCUGCUCCCACUUUGCUGCUGGCCAAUCACAGGUCAAGGAGAGGAAUGACGACUACAGCGAGAUUACACGCAGACUCACCUUCCCCAUGGGUCGUCUGUUGUACUCUCACGACUACGUUUUCUGGUGUGGAGACUUUAACUAUCGAAUCAGCCUGCCCAACGAGGAAGUGAAAGAGCUGAUCAAACAGCAGAACUGGGAUGCCUUGACAGCUGGGGACCAGUUGCUGGACCAGAAGAAUGCUGGUUUGGUUUUCCGAGGUUUUAUCGAGGGAAAGUUAGAUUUCGCCCCCACCUACAAGUAUGACCUUUUCUCAGAGGAUUAUGACACAAGUGAAAAGUGCCGCACACCAGCCUGGACUGACCGCAUUCUCUGGAAGAGGAGGAAGUGGAACUUUGACAAAACAGCUGAGGAGAUGAAUGUAGUAGGGGCGUCUUCUACAUCUGGGGAGAAUGAGGAAGAUCCAGAUCACCCCUGGAGUCCUGGGACUCUGAAGUACUAUGGCAGGGCUGAGCUUAAGACCUCAGACCACAGACCUGUGGUUUCAAUAAUAGACGUGGACAUCCUGGAGGUUGACCCGGAGGCUCGGCACCAGGUCUACAAAGACGUCAUUGCCCUGCAGGGGCCUCCGGACGGCACUAUUUUGGUGUCGCUCUGCUCCUCCGGCCCCGAAGACUACUUUGACGAUGCACUCAUAGACGAGCUGCUGGACAAGUUUGUUCAGUUCGGAGAGGUCAUCCUCAUCAGAUUUGUUGAGGAGAAGAUGUGGGUGACUUUCCUGGAAGGUUAUUCUGCUCUUGCUGCUCUGUCUCUCAGCGCUUCCACUGUCCUUGGAAAGGUGAUUGACAUUCGUCUGAAGAGUCCAGGCUGGAUCAAGAGUCUGGAGGAGGAGAUGAGUGUGGAGAGGAUCUGCGGGAGCAUUCCCACCUCGGCCAGUUCCACCCUGCUCGCUGAGGACACGGACAUGGGCGACGAUGAUUACGAUAUGGAAGGUGAUGUAGACGAUGAGGUGGAGGAGAUCCUUCCACAGCACCUGCAGCCUGGAGCAGGCUCUGGCCCCGGAUCCUCCCCCCUCCCCUCCCCCCGCAGUAGUCCCUGUCCCUCCCCCACCCAUGGUGAACCGUCAGCCCCCAGCAGGCCUAGCCGUGGGCAACCCUCCCGACCAUCACAAGGGCCUCCUGUUGACUUCCAGCCUGGUGCCCCCACAGCUCAAGGCAUGGAGCCCAAACGUCCACCUCCCCCUCGUCCCCAGGCCCCCCCAGCCAGACCGGCACCCCCUCAACGCCCGCCACCACCUUCAGGUCGAGGCCAGGCAGCAGUGGGAGCUCCUGGUCCUGGAGGUGCUCCCAGACCGAACAUCCCUCCUCGUGCUGGGGUAAUCAGUAUGCCCCCUCAGUCCCGCCCACCACCUCCCUCUCACCCUGGAGCACCCAGACCCAUCGCAGAGGUGCAUCCCGGGGCCCCUCGGCCCAUCCCAGACACCCACCCCGGAGCCCCAAGACCUGUGCCCAGUGCCCAGGCCAAACCGACUGACCUGCCUCUCGGCCCGCCUCCUACAGAGCCCGCUCCAGUGAGACCCCAGGUUCCCUCACCCAUGCAGCCACCCAUGCAGCCCCAACCAGCUGCUCCUUCAGCUCAGUCCCAGCUCCCACCACCGAUGCAGCCCACACUUCCAGCUCCACUCCAGCCGCAGCAAGCUGCAGCUCCUAGAGGGCCUCCUCCUCCUGCUGCUGCAGCUGCCGCCCCUGCUGGGCCUCCGCAGGGUCUAGCCUCUCCUAAACCCCCACCACGUUCCCGCUCCUCUCACGCUCUGCCACCUGAUGCUGCCAAGUCUGAGACAGCCCCAGCUGCACAGACUAAUGGACUGAACGGAAUCCAAAGAGAAGCACAAUGGAAGCCCGACCCCCUCGACACACUCGCAUCUGACCUUUUCUCCUCUUCCUCAUCCCCUUGGCACACCACCCAGUCCCUGACCAGAGGCUCCUCUUUGCGUACGCCCCCCUCCGUCCCUGCUUCUAAGUUGUCCUCCAGCACCCUCCCUUCAUCCUUCUCCCUCCAGUCCUCUGCCCUGUCAGACCUGCAGGCUCUUGAAUCGUCCUCCUCUUCCUCACUGUCCACCCCGUCACCGUUUGCCUCCUCUCUACUCCCACCUCCUCCGGUCCCGUCUCGUAGCCGUUCGCAGGAGACUCUGCGCGCCUCCCCCGGGCCCUUCCCGACUGACCCGCUUCCUGCCCGACCCAGCAGCACCAAUCCCUUCACGGGCCCUCUGGUGCAGCAGCAUCAGCAGCACCGCUCGCUCACCCCGGACUUCAGCAUCCAGCGUCCGGCCCCGACACCAAACCUUCAGAGGACCAUGUCUGCUCUCACGCAGCCACUUGUUCCCACCUCUGCUCCAUCAGCAGCCCCUGCCGCUGCACCUACAUCCCAGCUCCAAAGGACCAUGUCCCUGUUUGGACCAUCGUCCACUCUGAAUCCUACACCUGCUCCUCUGCUCUCCCUUGCCCCUGACCCGUCUCCUGCCCCCACCUUGCCUCUGGCACCUCCCUCUUCCAUUCCACCUGCCCUUGCACCUCGUCGUCAGCCGCCUCCCCCUGGAGGGAAACCAACCCAGCAGUGGGUGACGUUUGAUGAUGAUUUCCCACCUUCGACUAAAACACCACAGGCCCCCAUCUUCCCUUCCAGUUCCUUAGUGUCUCAAACUCAGACUCUGCCUUCCCGCUCCGUGUUUGACUCAGAGCCCGACUGGUUGUCCUCGGCCCCUUCAGUAUUCCCAACGCUCCCUCCUCCCAUCCCAACGAGAACGGUAACCAGUAACCCAAAGCUCCCAGAGGGACCCAGUGACGACUGCUUCUUCCCCAGGGAGUCGACAGAAAGAUAGGAUCACUCUUGAUACGUAAAGGGCAUAUCCAGAUAUGUAUAGAUCUAUCAUAAAUGUGUAUAUGUGUGUGUGUAUUGUACAAAAGAGACAGUAUUUAAGAAGUAUAGACCAAUCCUUGGAUUUAUAACUCGAGCAGAAAUAGAGAAGAGUAUGAGCCUAAACGUAUGUUCCAACAUUACCACAGAGAUGUUCGCUCGUUCCCUGAUAUUAACAUUUAUUUUAAUAUGAAUCGCUCUGAUGUUUAUUUUUAUUUAUGGCAGCAAACAUGUGCCUGUGUCUACAGUAUAUAAUUAUAUAAAGUACAUCUAUACGCUUAAGUCAUGUGUGUAACCACCUGUGCAAUAUCAAGACACGUCUGUGUGGCCGCACAGCGCAUUGCGAGCUUUCACUGGAAUCAGUGUUCGGUUUGCAUUUGCUACACUGGCUGCCGCUGUGGCUCACAUCCACCACUUUGACUGAUCUGUACAUCAGAACGGUAUUUCUCAGAGUAGAGUGUAAUCUGUUUUCUCUGUCUCAUCAGUUUACAUACGUAGAAGGCUAUGCACUGCAGGUUUUACAUUUGCCCUCAAUUGCUUUGACUCGCAAAGAGUUGCUGUUUUUUCCUGUUCGUUUGUGUCUGAGCGGCGCAAAAAGUCAUAUGGUGCCCUUCCUUUUAUCUUGAAUGUACUUUAUGUUGCACUGGGUUUUGUCAUCGCCUCCUUGCCGACACCACAGUGUGAACAAGAACGGCACGAGUCACUGUCACAGUCAAACCGUUCACUGCAGCAGGACUGAUGCUCUGUAACAUCAUCUCAUCCACUUGAUAGACAUUUUGUUUUCUCUCUAUUCAGUCAUCAUUCUUUGUCUAUGGGCUGGUACGCUUAGCUAAAUAGCUCUUUGUAGCUCUGUAUCAAAACCUAUACAUAGUGAUUAUGUAUAAAUGUAUGUUUUCCAUAUGGGAACUACUUGCUUAAUGUGUGUAUGUGUGUUCGUGAUGAACGUACCAGUGGUUUGCACAAUGUAACUGAUAUGCACUGAAAUGCUGUGUGUGCCGUCUUGGUUGUAUUCUUGUUGAUGGCAGAAUGACAGAGGUGAGAGCCAGCGGAUUGGACAGAUGAGAGGGCUUUUUGACCUUUCCACCUCUCGAGUAGUUUGAUCCUUUUUGAUUUUUAUCCAGAGCAUUUAACCAUACUAUUGUAAAUACAAAGAAUGUGGCAUAUGCGUGCAUAUGCUUCUGUUUGCGUACGAAGAUGAUGCGAUUUGGGUCUGUGGUCAUGACGGCAAGGACAUGUAAUAAUAAGAGGGCACUUUUUUUUACUUAAACUUUUGUUUAUUGCAAAGUUAAUUUCUAGGAACAUUUACUCUAAAUAAUCUAUUGUUGCUACUGUGGUGAGAAGUUAUGUGUUGUGUUUGAGGUGCAUAUCGUCCGUUGUGGUGUUUGUGUUUGGAUGUGAGUGUAUGUACAAAGUUAAGAGUGGGAUACCAGAGUUUUUUUUUUCCCUAGUAAGUCUUCACACAUUGUAUUUGCUCACAGGUUCUGAACUAAGAAUCACUGUAUUCACUCACUCAUGGCUUUAACUGCAUUCCCACCCCUGCUUUUUUUUUCCCCCACAAAGCACCCAACACCUGAGUGAGAGUUCCCCAGUCGGACCCAAAUGCAUCACCAGAUGAUUAUUUCCAGUCGUGUCCUUCCCAGGCGCGGCAUGGUCCACAUUCCAGACAGUAGUGUGAUUUGAGUGUCGGGUGUCAAACUCCACCCUUAAUAUCUAAACCAUGUCUGUUUCCUCCGGUUGAGAUUAAUUGUUACUGAGCCUCGCUGAUAUCAUUCAUGAGGUGUGUGUAGUGUUGUCAGAGGUGAUGUGUCAGUAUUUUUCCCCUGUACUACCUACUUCACUCUUUUCACUUCCGUUGACUGGUAUUGGUCGGUGCCAUUGUUGACAAUGAUGACAAGCAAUAGUUUUGCAAAAGGAUCAGUGAGAGUACAAUCCUCCCUAACACAACACAGCAGCUGUGUCAGUCUACUCAGAUGUUGUUUCUCCCCAAAGCCUUCAGAAAUGACCUAACUGGCUGAAAUGUCUUAAAAGCAUUCUGAUGAUUCAUGGAGGGCAAAACAUCUGACCCAAGGAAGUACCAGCUAACUAACGCUUCUGCGCUUUGUUUAAACACUGUGUAAAAAACGUAAAAAAUAAUCUUCAUUCACUGCACUGAGAGCAGUAGCUAUCUAUGUAAGCAAGUGUAUCAGGUUGCCUUUGCUUACAUGUCGUCAUCUCUGAAAUGCAUUUAUUGUGUUAUCCAAAUGUGUGCAGUAGAUACUGUAUCUACAUUAAAAGUAGGUGACUAGCCAGCGCUUUGUGUCAUGUCAUGUUCAAGAUGAGAUUUUAUAGGAAACAAAUUGCUCCUUUUGUGAGGUUGGUGUCCCUUUUUAUGGCUAUAAUCCAUAGUAAAUAAGAGUCUGUGUUGUUGAACAUAUUCUGUAUGUAUUCAAGAGAAAACAUGAAGCUGCGAUUCAUGUUAAUAUCCAAUGUUCCAUAUUUUAAGUGCACAGCCGAUUGCACAUUUAUGUACGAAGCAGUUUAUGUUGUAUGUAUGCAAAAAUAAAUGUAAGUUUA